AUGAAAUUAGAUAGUACGUCUCCUGAGUACUCUCCGUCACAAUAUAAGCUUGAAUAUGACAAAUACAAUCGAUAUAGUAAUAUUCUUGCUCGAGGACCUUGGGAACGCACAGCUGUUCGAUUAAAUAAUUCUCAUCGUGUUCAUGAUUACAUCAAUGCGAAUGAAAUCAAAGGAUUCAACAAUGAUAAACAAUAUAUAGCUUGUCAAGGUCCAUUGGAACAAACUUGUGAAGAUUUUUGGGACAUGAUUAUUCAAUAUGAUGUAAAACAAAUUGUCAUGUUAACAAGAACAGAAGAACGAAAUCGUCACAGCCCUUCAGAAACAUUAUGCAAAUGUUAUCGUUAUUUUCCUGAUAGAAUAGAACAAUUAAUGACAUUUGGUAGAGUAUCUAUUCAAUUGAUCGAGCUCGAACAGCAAAACAAUGUAGAUCUUGAAAUUCGUCAUAUACUUAUUAAAGCUGAUAACAAUGAAUAUUCUGUACUUCAUUAUUAUUUUACUGGUUGGCCAGAUUUUGGUGUUGUUGAAUCACAAAGAUUAGUUCAACUUAUUCAAUAUAUUAAUAAUCACGGAAAAAAUCAAAUAAAUUCAGCUAGCAAAUCGAAAAACAUUGGAAUAACACCUAUAGUUGUUCAUUGCAGUGCUGGCGUUGGUCGAACAGGUACUUAUAUAGCUGUAGAUACUAUAAUGCAUUUAAUUGAUCAAGAGCAAAACAAAUUAUCAGCCAUGCAACUUGAUGUUAUGGAUAUUGUCUAUCAAUUACGACAAGAUAGAGGAAAAAUGGUGCAAACUAAGGAUCAAUAUCUCUUGGUAAAUCAUUGUGUCAAAGAAUAUUUACGAAAAAUAAAUCGAUUAAAUGAUGUUUUACAACAAUCACUUGCAUACGAUGUUUACGAGGAUCCUACGAAGUUGAAUGACGAUGCAAGUAUGAAAUCAUCAUCGGGUUAUAUUUAUGAGAACGCAAACAAUUCAUUUCAAGCCAAAUAG